UCUGAUGACGCUACGUCCUAAUAACAAGCCUUCUGAUUGGUCAAGUGUCUGACGGCCGGGGGGUAAAAUUUGUGAAUGGUUUUAGACCGACUGAGAUGUGAAAUGAUUUAUAAUGUUUUAUCAGCACUUUAGCAGAUGGUUUUUAUUUGACGUGACAUUCUUCAGGACUGGAUUGUAAAGGGGGGAACGAUGUCGGACGCUGAAGGUGCUCGCAGUCCGGACCAGCUUAAUAAAUUCGAGAAACUGACAGGCAGGCCGCCGCACGGUGAGACGUUAGCAGGUCAUCGUACUCCCCCGGCCCGCAGUGGGCAUCGCUGCGUUGCAGAUAACACUAACCUGUAUGUAUUCGGGGGGUACAACCCUGACUAUGAUGAAUCAGGAGGCUCAGACAAUGAAGAUUAUCCACUGUUCAGGGAGCUAUGGAGGUACCACUUCGCUACAGGCUGCUGGCAGCAGAUUCGAACAGAAGGCUACAUGCCCACAGAGCUGGCGUCUAUGUCAGCUGUUUUGCACGGGAACAACCUCCUGGUGUUUGGAGGCACCGGGAUCCCCUUUGGUGAAAAUAACGGCAACGACGUACACGUUUGUAACGUGAAGUAUAAGCGAUGGUCACUGCUCAACUGCCGUGGGAAGAAGCCCAACAGAAUCUAUGGACAGGCAAUGGUCAUUAUCAACGGAUUCCUGUACGUGUUUGGAGGGACAACGGGGUACAUCUACAGCACAGACUUGCACAGGCUGGACCUGACCACCAGGGAGUGGAUCCACCUCAAGCCCAACAACCCUCCUGAUGACCUGCCUGAGGAACGGUAUAGGCAUGAAAUAGCACAUGACGGACAGAGGAUCUACAUUCUGGGAGGGGGAACUUCCUGGACAUCUUAUCCUCUGGACAAGGUACAUGCAUACAAUCUGGAGACCAAUUCCUGGGAGGAGAUUACAACUAAACCUCAUGACAAAAUAGGGUAUCCUGCUCCUAGGAGAUGCCAUAGCUGUGUGCAAAUACGAAAUGAUGUAUUUAUCUGUGGAGGCUACAACGGGGAACUGAUAUUAGCUGAUCUGUGGAAGAUCAACCUGCAGACUUUCCAGUGGAGUAAACUACCAGCAGUGAUGCCUGAGCCGGCCUACUUCCACUGUGCUGCUGUCACCCCUGCUGGCUGCAUGUACAUUCAUGGUGGCGUGGUGAACAUCCAUGAGAACAAGAGAACUGGCUCUCUGUUUAAGAUCUGGCUGGCAGUGCCCAGCCUGCUGGAGCUCUGCUGGGAGAAGCUCCUCAAGGCUUUUCCCCACCUGACUUCACUCCCCACCAUGCAGCUGCUCAACCUGGGCCUAACACAGGAACUCAUCGAACGUUUGAAAUAAGCCGCACAGUGGAAAACAGACAGAGGAGUAGAUGAGAUGGGCUGGGCUACACUGGGAGGAGAUGAGGUCUGACAGAGCACAGAAGUUGAUUCACAGCAAAAUUCUCGGGAAAACACCCUCUCGCUCCCCUGCCUAACGUAGCCCCGCCUUAAAAACCAAAAACAAUGGGAUGCCUUUUUUCGUUGUUUUUGUUAUUAUUUUCUGCAGUUCCAGUGAUUAUAAAGAAAAUAAUUGUGGAAUCUUUUAUGGAUUUUACCCCCCCCCCCCCUUACCCCACCGAUCCUUACAAGAUGCCUUUGUGUCAAGCUAAGUAUGAAUUCCUGCUCCUCAUCAGCCAAACUGUGACGGCUGGAAAUACUUCCUUUUGCCAUUUCAUGUUUUCAAAGACUGUCCUCUCCCUUUUUUUUUUUUUUUUUUUUUAAAUCCACCUUCUGUAGUACUUUUAAGAAUUAUGUGCAGCGGAAGAAUGCAUGUAUAUUUAUUUGAAGGACUGAAUAAGUUUUGGGGGGUAUUCUCAUCAACUGAUAUUGCUGUUUGCACACUUUGUCUUGCAUAUUUGUAGGCAUUUACUUUUUUAAUAGAUCCUAUAAGCAGAGGUGACCUCUAAGGGUUUCAGUCUAAAAAGGGGCAGUGGUUUUGCUAAAGGACCAUGCCAGUGUUUCUGCACAUUUUAGUCAAUUUAAUACAAGUCUCAUAUAUAAAUUUCAUUACUGUUGACAGGCUGUAGUGUUUCAGAUUUUUAAAAUGUUUUUGUGACUUUCCAGGCAGCAUUUUUGUUAGUUUUCUCCUAUGGUAUGAAAAUCCACUUCCGGUAAUUUGAAACUUACAUGAGUUCAAUAGUCAGUCAAACAGAUUUUCAUCUGUUUUUUUUUGUUGAAGUAACAUUAUCCUUGCAUAACUUUGACAUAAAUAAAAAGACAUGGUGUUCACUGUCAGGGAUUGCCAAUCUUAAAUUUCAAGUCUUUCCUAGUUGUUUUUAUAUUAUAUGAAUGUAAACAGGUGUCUGCCUGGAGGUAAGGAAAAACAUUUAAAAAAACAAAAAAAAACUAAGUUAUGGUAUGCCUUGAAAAUGGUCAUGAGAAAUAUGUUAUUUGUCAUAAAUUGACUAAAACGUGCGAAGAAAAAGGUUAAAUGCUGGUUUUGCCCAUGUCUAAGCCCUUGUAUUUUCCUGUAUCUUCCAUUAUACAUCAUAUUACAGCCAAGUCUGGAGAAUCAUCCGUUAAAAACAAGGUCCAAGAAUGGUGGGUAUCUUCAAGAUAAUGAAAUUUCCAUCCUGUUUGCUUGCAGUUCUCAUUUGUAAACCAAACCAUGCAACACAUCACUGUGAAUUUGGUGCUCUUUAAAAUUAAUUUAAAAUGCUUUUAUUCGAAUAAAGACGUCAUUCUGUUCA